AUGAACUSAUCAAGUGUCGUCAGACACUUGACAAGAUUAUUGUGGAACAACUUGCAAAGAUCUCAGAACAGAAGGAAGAGAAAAAAGUUGAUGUGACUGAAGAAACCGUGGAUGAGAACAUCAGACAAUWGGAAGAAGCACUUGAGAAAGAAAAGAAGAGGAAACAGGAAAUGAGAAGACGUAAAGAAAGAAAUGUACAGCAAGAACAAAAAGUGGAAGAAAUUAGACAAACUGUCAUUCACACUGAAGGGGAAGAACAGGCAAUCUCUUUGGCUCAACUUGUGACUUACCUCGCUCACAUGGAGAUGAAAAUUGACCAGACUAAUGCACAAAUUGAUGAUAUGGGCGCGGGAUUAGAAACAAUCUCGAACCUGGUCAAAGGAAAACAACAUGUGACGAGGGAAAGCGAAACCGGAACGGAAGAGAAGCCGAAGAAAUUGAUGGGAGACGCAAAGAAGUCUCUCAAAGUAGAAACAGAGAAGACAGAAAGGAAACAGGUAGAGAAGAAAGGAGAACCUUUGAGUCCGCCGAAGUCUCCAAGCGGAACAAAGGACCACACCACACAAUCGGAGAAACCCAAGAGAAAGGAGAAGGUGAAAAUGAAAUUGCCUUUCACAUUCUACAACAAGAAAGAUGAGAACUUGUUGUUGUGGAUUUCUCAGAUUCAGACAUAUUGUAGUACGGCCCCUGUUGAACUCGAUUCCCAAAUUGCUUUCUCUACUUCUUGUCUCGGGGGGGACGCUAAGGAAUGGGUGUUGGCCGAAGCGAAUGCGGCAGGAUUCGAUGACAUUGGGGAGUGGGCUGGAACCUUGAACUCCAAGCAGUUCCUUGGUAAGAUCAAGGAACGGUUUUUGGACAAAACGACGACCGACAAGGCCUUUGACCAGCUCACCACAAUUGGUCAGAAACAUUGGACCUAUGUGGAAUCGUUGUCUCGGGAAGUUGAUCGGUUGCUGCAGGUUCCGGGAUUGAACCUGCAAGACAACCAAGUCUUGUACAUCUAUUCCCGUGCUCUACCCGAGCCCAUCCGUGGACAACUCGUGGCAGAGUCCAAAUCAGGUAAGUAUAAUUAUAAACAGUUUCCGAAUCUGGCUCUCCAACGAGAGCAAAUGACUUCUCAGGUUAAGAAUUCUUAUGCGUCUGUUGUGAAAUAUGGUGGUGGUGGAGGUACAGUCAGGGCGGCGAGAAAGGGCGUCAGCAACACGAUUGGUUUUGUCGGGGGUAUGACAAAUGGUGAAAGUGAAUUGCGCCAGAAAGUCCAACCAGCCUGCUUGACGAGGGGUGAUGUCUUUCUUGGUGAGGAUGAUAGAAACGAUGGUAUUGUCAGUGCGGAUGGUGAAGUAUUGGCCGUUAAGGCAGGGGCGCCAGGCUUUGAGGGCAACGAUAACGACGAGAAGUUCCUUCUCAUUGGAGGGGUAGUUCAUCUCGGCGAGGAUGAGCUUCCGACUCGCGAAUGCAAUAGGGUACUCGUCAGGUGGAGGUUUGGCGCGAGUGGGGGAGUCUUUGAUGGUGAGCGGGUCAGGGAGGUCACGUGGGUGGAGACGUUGAAGUUCCAGGCGCUCCAUGCCGGAAACAAUGUGGUUGAGGCAUUGCACACUCGAGGCGGCAAAAGUACAUUUGAUGAGCUCGGCGUAGAACUUUUGGUCAUGGAGGAUGGAGAGUACCUUUGUGGAGGUGCUGAAGGUGGGACUCAGAAGGUCCUUGGGACGCUCACGAUCAAUGACGAGGCAAUAGUAGGCGGAGUCGGGAUGUUGGCGGCUCAUGUGGAGGAACUGAUGAGGGGAGACGGGGGGUGGGGUAGUAGGAGGAAGAAGGUAAGGGAUGUAGAGGGUAGCGUCGGGAGAUGUAGUAAGGUGGGGAGGGUGGAGGUGAUAAUGGACGAAGUCAAGAGAGGUUUUGAUUGGGGGGGAAUGGUCGACGAAUGUGUGACGGUGGGGGUUGUCAUCUUGGGUGAGAGGGGAGGUGGGAUGACCAUGGUGGAGGUGGUGGUGGAUAAAGGCGAGGGCGUGGAUGACGUGUUGGCAGAGAGAGCGAUGGAUGUGGAGGAGGUAAUUGGUGUGGAUGUGGAGGCGGAGGGUGGGGGAAGGGUGAUGGAGCCCGAGGUGGAGGGGGCCGUGGUGGCCAACAUUAGGCGCACGGCCUGGGUAGAGAGGUGUGCGCCAGAAGGCUAUACGGCAUGCUAUGCCGUGGUUACAACGGAAUGUAUUUUUGGUGAUGAGAGCAUAUUGAUGUGGCAUUUAGCUGAGGUGGCACUGCAUUGCGUUGUGGGUGGUACCGAUGCUACGACCGGUCAUCAAAUGCACACUCAACUCAAUUGACUGGACUUCAUGCAGAACUCUUUGGACCAGAUCUUGGACCUUUUGCAAAGGCCAGGAUUUAGGCCAGCAGCACAAUCGCCGUUGCCGUUAACGACGAUGUCAGGCCCCUUUCCGGUACAAGUUGGCACACAACCAAGUGGUACUUCUGCAGCAGCCGCACAGACUGUUGCUUCUUCUUCUUCUGGGUCAGCGGUGAUAGCUACACCAUCACCGCAACAACCUGUUCCUCAACAAGGACAGCAGCAAGGUCAAUGGUACCCAAAGAGCCCUAUGAAACCGCCCCUUGCCUUCUCCGGAGAGAAGAAGGAAGAGGAACUCAACACAUGGUUGAGAACGGUUCCUGUGUGGGUAAGGGCAAAGAGGACUAUGCAGGAGGAGGAGGUGAUUACUGCUGCAUCUUAUCUGGAGGGUAAGGCAGCCAAAUGGCUGGAUGGAUUAGUAGCAAAGGCCGGGUACGGACGACGCAUGGCGGACUGGGCUAAGACCCUAACGUUAGAAGAGUUCUUAGACAUGGUAGAAGCUCGCUGGCAUAAUCCAAAGCAGGCACAAAUGGCCACUGAUGCAAUGCUCAGACUAGACCAACGAAAGUUCAAGUCAGUCAGCGAGCUAACGACUUCCGUAGAGAGCCUCAUUGUCGUUCCCGGCAUACGCUACGAUGACCAGGUCUUAUUGACCAUGUUUGUGAGAUGUUUCCCAGAGAAUCUCAUAAAUUUGCUGGCCAGCGAGACACGCCUCGAGUAUCAUUCGUUUGAGACCUUAUCUAGAAAAGCCUUAGACUUAGAGGCUACUCUAGGAAGUGCUCAGCCUACUCCAGUAGACGCGAGGAAGAAGAAGAGUCCACAGGAGUGGAAGAAGAAGGGGAGUCAAUUGAUGAUGGUUGAGUCUGAUGGGACCCAAACUGAGAUCGAGGAGCUUUCAGACCUGUUGGACAGCACAGAGUACGACGGCGAGGAAACAGCUGAGGGUAGCACCCUCGCCGCAGUAGUAAAGACUAAGGCCGGUGGCCGAGGGAAGGGCCAUCAAAAGAGUCAAGGGCAGGCCGCCUCCAACCAAACCAAAGUUGCUGAUUGGGUCAAGGUCAACCUACGGAAAUGUGAGUUUGGACGCAUUAAGAUCCUAUACUUGGGUCAUGAAGUAUCCGCGGAAGGUAUUAGGCCGGAAGAUGCGAAGGUGGCUAGUAUAAGGGACUGGCCACGACCUCAGACUGUUACUGAGGUCAGAUCUUUCUUAGGAAUGUGCGGCUACUAUAGAAACUUCAUAAAGAACUAUUCCACAGUCGCCUCUCCUUUGACUGAUCUGACUCGACUUGACACGCCGUGGGACUGGAGUGAUGAGUGCGAGGCUGCUUUCAAACGAUUGAAGCAUGCACUCAUGAAUCAUAAGGUUCUCAUGGUGCCCGAUCCUCAGAAGCCAUUCAUAGUAACCACUGAUGCAAGCCAAUACGGCAUUGGCACAGUGCUGGCUCAGCAGGAUGGGAAAAAGUUGAGACCGAUUGAGUAUAUGAGGAAAAAGAUGCCAUCAAAGAAACUGGCAAAGUCCACCUAUGAAAAGGAACUCUAUGCUCUUUACAAAGCACUUGUUCAUUGGAGGCACUUCCUGUUGGGACGGUUUUUCUACUUGAGAACUGACCAUCAGACCCUCAAAUGGAUCAAGAGUCAACCGGCUCUUUCUUAUGCACUCAAGCGUUGGAUUGAGGUCAUAGAUCAGUAUGACUUCAAGCUAGAGUAUCUGAAGGGAGAGUACAACAAGGUUGCAUAUGCGCUGUCCCGUAGAGCAGACUACCUAGGGGCGCUAGUUUCUGAGUUUGGUGUAUCUGAGGAACUAACUCAAUCGCUGGUGGGAGCCUAUCAGGAAGACCCUGUCACGAUGGACAACAUACGCAAACUUCAGGCAAAAGACAAGGCCACAAAAGAUGAGUUUGUGAUGGUGGACGGGAUUCUCUUUCUUGAUAAGGCCGGAUUUAAAAGGCUAGUUGUUCCAUCUAGUGAACGUUUGCGUAGUUUAUUCUUAGGAGAAUGUCAUGAUGCAAUUGGACACUUUGGCUACAAAAAGACGAGUGCCAAUCUAGUACAGCGAUUUUGGUGGCUCGGAAUACUAGAAGAUGCAAAGAAGUAUGUUGAGACAUGUCAGAUCUGUCAGCGGGACAAGCCGCGAACUCGAGCACCGCUUGGCUUGCUGAAGCCCUUACCUAUCCCCGCUGGUCCAGGACAGAGUGUUUCCAUGGAUUUCAUGGACACCUUGGUGACCAGUAGGAAUGGCAAGAGGCACAUUUUUGUCAUCAUAGACCGAUUCACCAAGUACGCUAGACUAAUUGCCAUGCCAGAGACCGCAAGGACUGAACACGUCAUCAAGUCGUUUUUGGACAACUGGGAGCGUGAUUUUGGACUACUAAAGUCAAUCGUUAGUGACAGAGAUGUCCGUUUCACAAGUGAGCUGUGGAAGAAGACUGCUGAACAGAUGGGCAGUCAACUUCAGAUGACUUCAGGGAAUCAUCCCGAAGCAAACGGACAGGCGGAGCAGAUGAACAGAGUUCUACAACACUUGCUGAGGCAUUACAUCAACCCCAGCCAGGAUGACUGGGAUGAGAAAUUGCCUCUCAUCGCCAACCUGUACAACAAUGUUGUACAGAGCAGUACCGGCGUCAGUCCUAACCAGCUACACUUUGGAUGGAAGCCUAGAUCAGCACUGGACUUCCUCCUGCCUGAAAACCGAUCCUCUGCAACUCCAGGCACACUUGAGUACGGUGUGCAGUAUGAGAAGUUGCUACAACAAGUUGUCGACCAUAUCAAGAAAUCUCAGCAAGCACUGAUUACUUCUGAGAACAAACAUCGUCGGCAGUCCUCAUUUCAGGUAGGGGAACGUGUCUGGGUCAAGGCUAGUGAGCUAGGAUAGGAAUUCGAAAUCUCUCGCAAACUAAUGCCUUAGUAUUUUGGUCCCUGGGAAGUCCUGGAUAUAGUUGGGGAUGAGAUGGAUGGUCCUACCUAUGUUAUCCGCAUCCCUGGU